AUUUUUCUCAGAGGAAGUACCAUGAGCUGCAGAACAAGUUAACAUCACAGAGGUAAAUAUAAACUAAAAGAGAGGCACUUCAGCGUGUUUCUGCAAGCUGUGGUUUUUAGCAGAGUUAGAAGUCAACUGCAGCAUCUUCAGUCAUGGAGGACAUAAGCACUGUGAUGUCCUGGUUCUCCAGCCCAGUGUACAGCCGCUACUGGCAGCACUACCAGCAGGCGAUGGCGUGGCACCAGAGGCACAGGCGCGCCUACAGAAAGGCCUUGAUGGCCGCCUACGGCCCCGGAUACCGCCGGGGGCAGCCUGCCAGCGGCCAGCGGCGUUAUGCAGACUGGCACGAGGGAGAUGGUAGCUCUGAGGAGGACGAGGAGGAGGGCGAGGAGGAGGAGGAGGAGGAGGAGGAGGGGAGCAGCUCGGACAGCGAGAUCGAGUGUGACGUCAGCAACAUGGAGAUCAGCGAGGAGCUUCGGCAGUACUUCGCCCAGACGGAAAAACACAAAGAGGAGCUGAAGAAGCAACAGCAGAUGGAAGCGGAGCAGCAGGACAGCUACGUGCCGGCAGACCAGGACCUGCACAGCGUCUCCUGGCGGGGCAGCGCGGCCCCUCCCCUCGAGCGGCCCGGCGAGAGACGAGGGGCGGAGAUGAAGAAGCUGUACGGCGAGGACUCGGCAAAGAUCAUGGCCAUGGAGGCGGCGAUGCAGCUCGCUUUCGACAGGAACUGCGACCGCAAACAGCCCAAGUACUGGCCGGUGAUUCCGCUGAAGCUGUGACCCGUGUCUCCUCCGGUCUGCGAUGACAUGUUCGGGUCACCUGAGGGGUUAAAAGGUCAUCCUGUUACCUAUUGGCUAAAUAAGUGCGGCUUUACAUAUUUACAGGAGCGAGUUAACUUAGCUUCUCUCUCAUUUGAAAGCACAGUGAACAUCAGCUGAGGGUCAGAGGUGCAGCCGAGCCGCCGCUGCAGGUGAUUUAAAUAUAUUCAAACGCCGCUUUCCUCCUAAUCUGCUCCUGUUUACCCUCCAGCUCCGCCAUGUUACAUGCCGCAGUGGCUCCUCUUACGCCUGUCAACUCGGUUCAACCACAAAAACAGCAAGCGACCCUCCUCCUGUACUCAGAUUCAGAAAAAGUGUUCCCGCAUGGCUGCCUCUGAUCCCCCCCCCCCACGUGAACCACAAACACGAAAGAUCGAUUUGUUGUUGUUGUCGUUUCUAAACCGUGCCUUUUUCUGAUUCUGACAUCCUGUUCAAAGCUGUUCAUGGCGUUUCUCAGGAGGGAUGCUGAUUAUUCUCUUUUAUCUCCUGCUCGCAACACCCGGCAACCUUUUCUUUCUUUUUUUUUUAACAGAUGGAUGUGUUUUUUAAAUAUAAAUUCUGUUUAUAAUAAAGUGUUUGAUGUUUGGAAUAAAAGCUUUCCUGGUA